CCAAUUUUCCUGUCGCCGUCGUCCGUCCACUUUGCGAGACAAGGCUGAGGAACAGCGCCUCGACGACGAUGAAGGUCGUCGAAGCGACGCCCUUUUUCACCCCAGGAGAGAUCGAGCAUCUGCAAGUCCACGUCGCGCGCACGGACUCGCACUGGGAUCGUCGCCGCCAGCAGGCCUGCGGUCUCAUCCAGAGCGUCUCUGGUCGCACCGGCUUUCCCCAGCGAACGGCCUCGACCGCCCAGCUGCUCUACCACCGCUUUCACCUCUUUUGGAACCCGGCAGACUUUGUCACGCACGAGGUGGCACUUGCCUGCCUCGUCGUUGCUGCCAAGGUCAACGACACACCAAAGAAGAGCCGAGAGAUCAUCCUGACGAGCUACGCGCUCCGUUAUCCAGACCUCGCAAGGACCCCUGCAGCGGCCGCUGCUGCUGCUGCUGCUGCUGCUGCUGCUGUUGCUGCCGCCUCCGCUGCUGCAUCUACUUCCGGCGCGUCUGUAUCAAAGACUGGCGCCGGAAAGGCGCAGACUCCACCAUUUGCCGCGCUCAGUGUCGUCUCAGAGAGCGACGUCGAUGCCAAUGCGCUCGAGAAGGAGAGGAGGAGGAUCGUUGCCCUCGAAGCCUUAAUCCUCCAGUCCAUCUCCUUUGACCUGCACUUGAGACCCAGAGCGACGCUGUCGCUCACGCUCAAGAUUGCAAAGAGGUGGAGUCUGGACAAGGACUUUGCCUCCUUGGCAUGGAAGGUGGCCUCCGACAGCCAUCGCACGUACGCGCCACUCUGCUACCCUCCAUCGACGAUUGCGCUGGCCAGUCUGUACACCGCGGCUCUCAUCUCUCCCCAUCACGGUGCCUCUUCUUCGGUCAUUGCUUGUUUCCAGCCCGUCGGCGUCGAGCGAGAAUGGGAAGAGACCCUUCGAGCCAACAUCGAAGAUGUCGAAGAGGUUGUGCACAUGUUCCUGGACCUCUAUAUGACGGCAGCUUCCUCCUCGGCUCCCCUCGCAAGCGGUGGCUCCUCCAGCACUGGCAUCACGCCCAUCUCUCCCGCAACGCCCGCCUCGCCUUCAGACGCCGCAGGACUCGCAGCUGCUUCGCUGCUGGACGGACCGGGGGAUGGCUCGUCACGAGCGACGCCUUCGUCGAUGAAGAAGCUCGUCUCGUCGCAGGCCUAUGCGCCACCUCCGUUUGGCCUUGUCGCCUGUCUGGCGUCUUUCUCUUCAUCAUCGUCGACGGCGGCGGCGGUUGGGUCUGCUUCGGCAUCGGACAUCAAGUCGGAAUUGACACAGAUCAAGAUCCGGCUGAGGGCCCUUGAGGAUGAGCGGCGCAAGGAGGACGAGGCCGCUCUGAAUGCAGCCGCACCCAACGCCGAUGACAGGACCCAGCAGCGCGCACGGAGGAGACGGAUAGAGCUGCCGGCCUUGUUGCGCCACUGUCGGGACCUGGACAUGGGAGGGGUAAAGGCGCAAGUACCAUGGACCUCAUCGUCUACACCGUCAAAUACAGCUGCUGAGGCUCUGACCUUGGAGCAAAGUACUGACAACUCGGAUGCCGCCGCCAUCGCUGCACAACAGCUCAACAAGGAAAAGGCCUCGGCCCAUUUGACCAGAUUCCUCUUCUGACACCAUCCAUUCUGUACCAUAAGACUCAUACCACUAGCAAAGCAACAGAUCUUAACCACACAGCGGCACAAUCCUCUCGGCUCAUGCACACCCAAAGAUAGUCGUCUAUUCUUGCCAA